AUGCCUUAUAUUGAAUAAUCUAUCUAAAAUUAGAGGCCAUCUGGAAAAAUAGAAAUAGCUCUGAAAAUUAAUAAUUUAUAAGUCAUAACCAAUUAAUUUAAGAUUCAAUUUAUCAAUAACUAAAGUAAAAUAUACCUGAAUUAAUAAAUUAGAUCCUAAUAUAAUGGAAAGAAUCUUCAUCCGAAAAUUAAAUGGAAAUAAAAAAAUCAAUACUUCUAUUCAGCUCUAAAAAUAUAUUAUGUCAAUGCCAAUUAAAUUUAUAAACCUAGAAAUAAAACUAUUAUUUUAAUGGUUUCAUAAGAGUCCUUCUAAUCAUAGGAUUUUGUAUAAAAAAUCCCUUUUCAAUUCAAAAAUUGGUAUAAGAGAAAUUUUUUUCUAAAAUCUCAAUUUGCUAGAAAAGCAAAUAAAUGAGUUAUUUAAAAAAUCAGAUAUAUUAAUUUAAGUAAGAAGUAAACAUUACAAUCAAUUCAAAAACCUGAUAUUAAUGCUUUGGAAGAAAUAGAUUAAAUGUUAAACUGUGAUGAAUAAAGUAAUUUAGAAGAAUUAUUAUUGCAUUAGGGUAAUUUCAAAAUAUCAGGAAUAAAAGCGCUAUGCAAGAAUUCUUGAUAUUUAAAAAAGAAGAUUUUGAAUGGAAGGGAGGGAGGGAAAAACUGCUUUAUUAAAGAUAAAUCAUAUUACUCUUUAUUAUUCAUUCUAUGUUGGAGAAGAGGGAAUAUAGCAAUAUUUUAAGGAUCGACUGUAUUUUUUGGAUACAUUAAUAUUAAUAAAUGGGAACGAUUCAAUUAUUAAUAAUUUAUGCUUGGUUGCAAAUAGCUAGCUUCAAUUCUAACAAGUUCAUUAUCAUUUAUAAUCAACUUAAUACCCAUUUAAAUUUUUAGAUAAAGGAGGAAAUAAAUUAAUAAAAAUAAAAUAAGCUUGGACUAAUUUUGUAAAAAGUUUUGUGUUUACUAACAACACUCCUUAUUUAACAAUAUUAAAUAGAGUCAAAAAAUAAUUACAGAUUAGAAGAAGUUCAUUAAAAAUAAAUCCUCAAAUUAUAAAUUUAAGAAUAAGAAAAUUAAUAUUUCUGA